AUGGGUGUUCUAGACAGGAUUCGGGGGGAUAAGGUGGACAAGGUCCUUGCCCUUCAUUCCAAGUCUGGCAGCGGUUAUGAUUCCCAGGCACCACCUUCAUUAGACCCGUGUUUCGGCCUAAAUGCGUCCAUCAAGACUCUCUAUGAGGGUCCGAGAUCUGUGCCCGGUACUUAUGUCUGGGUGAACAAACCGCCAAGGCAACUAUCCACCUCGGCGGCACGGGAAUACGACGGCGUUGCGAUCAGAGUCUUCAAAGUGAAGGAUAAGGAGAAGCCGUGUAUCGGAGGGAUAUGGCCCUUGAAGUAUUGGUCUAUCGAAGUACAGAAUCCCACACUUGUCGAAGAAUUGAAGCCGAUUCUGAGGAACAAGAUGGGGUCUCGGCUUGACACAGAAUACAAACUAACCUUCUCGGAACCCUUCCAAGACUUGUGGUUCUGUCAAGAAGAGAUCGCGAACCUGGCAACAACCGCGAAGAACGCAACGGUACUCAAGCCGUAUCUGCAGCUGCUCUUGAACAUCAUGGAUGAAAUGUUUGGCGAACUCAGAUUCACUCACAAGAAGUUUCAGCAAACCGGCUUGGUGGACUUUAAGAGCGCGUGGACCCUUUUCCCUCCCGGAUGUGCCAUCUACAGCUAUGGACUCAACUCCGAAAUGCUGUGCAAGGUCCAAAGCGUUACUUACAAGACUAUCAAGCAGGUCGAGGCCCUGGUCGCCACAGCUAAAAUCCUUUCCUUCAACGGCUCAGAGUUCGUUUGGCAGACCAUCAGCAUGGGCAUACCCUAUUUUAAAGACGGGAAGCCAAUUUCUGAGAUGCAGUUCUACCCGCUCAAGUUUCACCCCCAAAAGGACGCCUUGUUCCAGCGUCUGAUCUCAAGAGGAAAGAGAGCUUUGGAUCUUCAGAGUCUAGAGUACUGUCAGUACGAUGGCAUCGCUCUCGAAUCCGAGGGUGGAGACUGUGAUAUAAAGAAGCACAAUGUUGCUGGCCGUAUACUAAUCGAUGUUGUUGGUUAUCACAAAUAUCACUCCACCAAGGGGUUACGAGAGUACAAGGACCCAAGCAUUGAGCGCGCAAAGGCCGCACGACGAAACGCUAUUGCCAUGGGGGAUGACGUGACCCUAGCAGUCCAUAACUUCGCUGACGCACAAGAAGCGACACCUGCCGAGCAGCCCACUGGACUUAAAAGGCGUCGUCUUACGGAUGCCGAGAUUCUGGAGAAUAAGAACUUCAUGCUUGAGAAGCCGGAGGACCUGGCAUACAUGUCGGGUCUGAUUGGGGGAUAUGCAUUGAAGAACAAGCUCUGGAUGAACUUCUAUAUUGAGGACAUUGAGCCUAUGGUGUGGAAUGACAAGGCAUACGAACACUUGGUAUAUGAUGCUCAACAAAAAGACCUGGUUCUUUCGUUUGUUGAGAGUCAUGGACGUAAUGCCGCGUUUGAUAGCUCUAGCUCUACCUCUGGGACGAGCAUCACCGCAUCGCCGCCAGUUGUGGACGACGUCAUUGUCGGAAAGGGUCAAGGUCUCAUCGUUCUUCUGUCUGGUCCUCCCGGCACGGGCAAGACGUUGACGGCAGAAGCUGUCGCAGACCACACCCAUCGUCCACUCUUCCAUCUACAAGCAGAAGAUUUGGGCAUCAGUGCCGUAUCGCUAGGCGAGAACCUCAAACGGGUAUUCGAAAUGGCAACCGACUGGAACGCCGUCAUACUUCUAGACGAAGCAGACGUGUUCAUGACGUCCAGAAAUCCAGGUGAUAUUGUUCGCAACGAACUUGUCAGUAUUUUCCUCCGAGAGCUAGAGUAUUUCCAAGGCAUCAUCUUCUUGACGACGAAUCUCUACGAGACCAUUGACACUGCCUUCCGAAGCCGGGUCAGCCUCCACUUACUCUUCCCGGCUCUUAGCAAGGAAGCCAGGGAGAAGGUAUGGCGUCGAUUCUUGGACCGCAUUCCGGAAGCUGAGCGUGUCAAGAGUCUUCCUGAAAGUGAAGCGACUGGAGACGAGUCUGUUGAAGUCCCAGACAAGUUCAUUGAUGACAAGGACAUACAAGAAUUGAGCUUGUGGGAGCUGAAUGGUCGAGAAAUCUUCAAUGCUGUCCGGAUGGCAAGAAGUUGGUGCAACCACAAGGGGUAUAUCAUAACACUGGAGAGGAUGGAAAGUGGUAUCAAGGUCACGAACCCUCAAGCUGGGAAGAGUGGUUCGGACGACUAUGGCGAUUUGUAUGAGUGA